UUUGGCGAAUUCGGCCACAUCGUAACUGCACAUAAACUGCUGUUCAACGUAAAACUUUUUUUUCAACAUUGCCCUUCAAAGUUUCGACGUUACUUCCCGAUUUUGUCGCGCCUCCAGAAAGCCAAGCAGAGCGUCGCUCCGCUGCCUGUGCGGGUACCGUCGAGCUGGGAGCAAGCCAUGAUCUACCGGCAGCAGAUCGCGGUCGAAGUCGUCGACAACCGGAAGCUGCUCGAGAAACGGAGCACACUGAUGGCGGCGUCAGAAGUGGCACCCGGUCGACAGCCAUCUCACAAAACGCGCGACUCCAACACGUCCCCGAACUCGGAUACGGAGCACAUGGCGAGCGACGUGUACGUGGCGUCCGAUCGCUCAAAACGCGACGUCAAGUCGCCGAGCGACUGGCGAAACUUCUCCAUAAGCGACGAGUCUCCUCCGGCCAGGAAGUCCAAGAAGAGGCGAGCGUCGCGCAAGUCCGCCCACGAAACGGGAACGUUGCAUCAGUCCCGAAACUUGAGCUCGCUGCGCCGGUUAGCGAGGCGGGCUCAAGAGAAGCCAGCCAAGCCGACGAAGGGUAAGCCGGCCGCUUCUAUCGAAUCGACGCCGAGGUCCGUACUGGCAGAGGCCCCCAAGCCGCUUUACUUUCUUCCCCCCAUCGUCGCUACCGCAGUAGCCGCAGUUCCCCCUCCAAAACCGGUGGACAAGAUCAUGCCCACGGCUGCAGAGCGCGACAAAGCCAGCGAGGAAAGUGGCGACAGCUUCGACGAGAUGGACUUCGUCGUCGACUCGGCGCCCGUGCCCAUAGUGUCCGCUCCGGCACCGUUCACGGAUGCCGUCCUUCCAAAGCCGUCGGCCAAGCGGCUGCCGGUCAUCGUGAAGUCAUUCGAGGAUGAAAGCGACAAGCCGGAUUUCCUUCAGCGGUACCAGAACGCGGCGUCGGGCCCAGAACCAGCGUUCCGAGGGCGGCCCGCUAGACCGACGAGCGACUUACCCGUCGCCACGCACACUCCAGCGACGGCAUCUGCUACCCCUGCUGGAGCCGGUGCUACGACGUCUCUAGCGCACAGCAAGACCUCUGGCCCGCGCGCGCUACGAGCCGUAAAGGACGCAGCCAGCCGGAGAGAAGAGCCUCAGGCGCCAUCGGUGCCGCCCGAUGGGCGACUCACUCCCGUCAGGAGAGCCUCGCGCAAGCGAUCUAUGUCGCGAAUGUCGUCGAUGACCUCUCAGAAGCCGGGCAGCUUCGCCACCUCUGGCCAACGCGUGCCGCAGGUGCCACAGGUGACUACGCAGGCAUCCUCCUCGGUCGCCUCAGCUAAAGCGCCUUCUUACGGUUCAGUCACCCCAGCCGAAGCAGCACCCAGAAAGCUGUUGCACAGCCAACGCCGGAAGGUGUCCAGGCUGAGUCAGACGAGCGACAAGCCGCCGUCGGAUGACCUGCAGUCGGCCUUCCAGACCGCGAAGUCGGCCAAGGACCACGAGUUGAGAAAAACUGCUUCCGAGCCAAACGUGUCUGCUCGGCAUGGAGCGGCGCUUGCCGUUGGCGUUACCACUACCGGAGGGCCUUCAGACAUUGGUGGAGCAAGCGGCGAAAUUAAGCAGGCCGUGCACGAUGAACCAUCGCCUGCGCAACCAGGGCCUACCGGCAAGACGCUCCACACGGCGGCAGCAGCAUCUGAAGCCGCGAGGUCGACCGGAAAGCGCACAGAGGGCGUCGAGGAACAUCCUGGGAAGCACAAACCAUCGUCGUCCGAGCCUCGACAAGAUGGGGCGAAAAGUGUCGAAAGUUCCAAGGCACAACACCUAGAUACGAGGACCGUGACCGCUGCCUCACAGCCGGAGGCUACCGACCACAGCAAGCGAUCCGGUGGCAAGAUGAUCCGGUCGCUUCGCAAGUUCGCCGUCGGCUUCAGGCGCCAUUCGCGUCGGCCGCCCCUCUCCCGCAAGAGUCUCGACUCGAAUCAGAGCAUCGAGGAUGCAGCUGCUGCCAGGGCCGCCGACGUUUCGGCAGUGUCCGCCGGAAGCGCCGCUCGGCAACCGAAUAACUCUGUUUCGCCGUCGGUGGCUUCCGUGGCCGGAACGUCGACGGCGCAGUUCAGCGAUCCCCAAGCGCCAGAGAUCGAAGCCGCGACAGGACUCUUUCAGCAGUGCGAGACAACUGCCUCGGGUCAGCGGGCUGCCGUGGAUCAUCCCCCCGCCGUCGUCGUGCACAAGUCAGCCUCACAGAUGCCGGCCAAGACGACGUCCAGCGGGACGCCCCAUUCGUCGUCGCUCGCCAAGGAAAGCGAGGGUGGUCCCACCGCUUCUGCCGCUCGCGUGAAGGCAAAGGACGCGGUGCCCGGCGACGCUGCUCGUUCCGCGGGCGUCCAGAGUCUCAAGGAAUCACGGGACGCUUCCGCGAAGACCAGUGCUCUGCGGAAACGCCGUUCCCGUCGCUCGAAGAAGGGGCGGAAAACGAGCGACGAACGGGACGACCCCGAAUCAGAAGGCCAGCAGUGAUAAACGUCGAAGUUCACAACUGCAGCUUCAUCUUUGCAGGUGUAUGGCCUGCAAUUCUAUAUUUGUGCGGAAUACGGGGCUUCGAAGAACAUGGGCCAAGAAAUGUCUCAUUUUUCAUACUUUCGCUCGAUCAUUGGCUGCGUCAUUAUGGUCUGCAUCAUCCUGUGCUUCUAUAUAUAGCGUCUUCAUUUAUUUUG